CCUCAUAAAGACCCAGGGGAGAAGUGAGAUCGGAAGGACCAAAAUAGUUGACCUGCUUGUCCUGCUCACCGUAAACCCAAGGACUCGGAGCUGUUUCCUUUUCCAUUGUCUCAUCCAUGCACCAGCGUCCUGACAGUGUACCACUCCAGUCAUGAGUAAACAGGCCACUCUGGCCACCUGCAUCGCCAAGAUGUACGAGGGGGCAAAACUGGACAAUGCCAGGGCUGCAUCAGAGAGACCAAAGAAGGUCAGUCCGAAGCUUCUGGGCACCGUGGAGGAAAAGCUGAGCCUCCUGGAGGGCAGGGUGGACCAGGUGGUGAGCAUGCAGACAGCCAUGUUCCAGAAGCUGGAUUCGGUGUGUCAGGGAUUGGGUGCUUUGGAUCAAAGCCUGGCACAACUCAGACAGGAUGUGUUAGGACAGCAUACUGUAAAAUCUACUCAUGAAGACACAGGACAGGGACGAGAUGACCCAGCAGUGUGCACAGAGGUUCGAGCCCUGUGCAGUGAGAUGGUUACGCUGCUGAAGAGUCAGCAGCGAGAAGGUCAGCUGCAGAGCAAGGAGCUGGAGCACACUGACAACUCCGUGUCCAGGCUGGAGAAAGCAUUUGGGCACAUGGAAGACACCUUUCGCAGCUCCAAAAUCAUGGAAUUCAUUCUUAGUGGCAUGGUGCUGUGGAAGAAGCAAGGCCUUCUAGAUGUGGUGGAGGAGGAAGAGAUAAACUGCUCAGACGAAUGCACAGGAAAGGGCAAAGCUGUCUGGUGCCAUAAAGGAACUCAAACUCCAGGGGAGAUAAAUGAUGAAGCCACUGCAGUGCUGUUGGAGCAUCAGGAAGAGAUAAUCACAUGUUCUGCCCCAGGCCACCUCACCCUAGCUGGGCCAGGAGAGGCCAUGCGACCCCCUGGCGUAGGCGACGUAGCUGCAGGCAAAUCCCAGCGCAGAGUUAAGGAAGUGACACUUAAGAGCAGAGAGCCCGGACAAGCUCAGGCUUUCGAUCCCCAGAGUCAGCACGAGCCCAAGAUGACCCAAUUUCAGGAAGUGCCGCCAUCAGUGAUCAUCACCAUGACAACCGCUUCCCAGCCAGAGAGGGUGUCAGAGCACACAGAAGACCCUGGCGCCAGAGAACAACCAUCUUCUGGUUCCUUAGAGUCACAGAAGCAGGACAGAGUAGAAGAACAAAGAAAGAAGAUGGAGAGAGAAGAUGAGAUGGCAAGUCAAGAGUCUGGAGAGCAUAGUCAAAGAGAGGUCCCCCAAGAAACAUGGCUCUCUAAGCAGAACAUGCCUUUCAAAAAGAACGUGGAGUCUGGCAUGUGGCAGCAGGAGUCAGGUGCUCUGGCAACUUCACAGUCAAGAGGAACUAAGCAGGAGCCAGUAUCCAGACUGGUUGCCCAGGAAACCAAGUCUGCUGACUUGGUUCUGGAAAAACAUGUCUUGUUCCACAAAGACCCCGAGCCCUUCAGCGAUGGUGGAACAGAGAGUCCAGCAUUGUGCAAUGGGACAAAGCCCAAAGCAGCAAGUCUGAGCAAAGGUUCCAGUUCACAUCUUUUGAUUAUUGAUGACUGCCCACCUCAACCUGCUCCAUUUGAACACCGCAUUGUCAGUGCCAAGCAGGUGCCCAUAGAGUCCUACUAUACAGUGCAGCCCACUGAGGUGCUGGGCGGGGGGCGUUUUGGCCAGGUUCAUAAAUGUGCUGAACUAUCUUCAGGUAUUACUCUGGCUGCCAAGAUCAUAAAAGUGAAAGGGAUGAAAGAAAGGGAAGAGGUAAAGAAUGAGAUUGGGAUCAUGAACCAGAUAAAUCACGUCAACCUCAUUCAGCUGUAUGAUGCAUUUGAGUCUCGAACGAACCUUGUUCUCAUAAUGGAGUAUGUGGAGGGUGGUGAGCUAUUCAACCGCAUUGUCGACGAGCAUUUCCAGCUGACGGAGCUGGAUGCCAUCGUGUUCAUGCGGCAGAUCUGUGAGGGGGUGCAGUAUCUUCACCAGCAGUACAUCCUUCAUUUAGACUUGAAGCCUGAAAACAUACUGUGUGUUGGCAGCACUGGAAACCAGAUCAAGAUCAUAGACUUUGGACUUGCUCGAAAGUAUCGGCCCAGAGAGAAGCUGAAGGUGAACUUUGGGACACCUGAGUUCUUGGCACCGGAAGUGGUCAACUAUGACUUUGUGUCAUUUCCUACAGACAUGUGGAGUGUUGGUGUCAUCACGUACAUGCUUUUAAGUGGCCUGUCUCCAUUUCUUGGCGAAACUGAAACAGAGACCAUGAACCACAUCCUCCGUGUUAACUGGGACUUUGAUGCUGAGGCAUUUGAGAAUGUGUCAGAGGAAGCCAAAAAUUUCAUCUCCAGGCUGCUCCAGCCCGCCAAAUGCAGUCGGCUGAGCGCGGCGGGUUGCAUGAAGCACAGCUGGCUGAAUAACCUGGAGGACAAAGCAAAGAGAUGCAGAGUUCGUCUCAGGUCGCACCUGAAACUGCAGUGCUACCUAGCAGCUCAGCGGCAGUGGAAGAAACACUUCUAUGCUGUUGCGGCAGCCAACAGACUAAAACUGUUCCAGCAGAGCAGGUCCAUGAGCACUCCAUGAUUCUCAUGUAAACACAGGACUGAGAGAGCAGAGUGGUGGUUCUUCUCCUCCACCUUCAUAUGACAGUCUCCAUGAGGAUCACAGGACAAUGUGUGAGGAUUACAGGACAAUCACCAGGACACAAACUGAAAACAACCCCAUUUGUGGAAUGUGUGGAACUACUGUAUAUACUGCAGAGUGCGGAGACAUGCUGAAGUUAUUCUCCCUUCUGUGAAGGAUUUUUUUUUUUCUUUUGGCUUUAUUGCUUUGACUCAAUAUGCAGAAUACCUCUGCCUCUCAUGAGUCCCUGAUGCAAUAAAUGCACAUGGACUCUUUUGGAACCUGUAAUUUUUAUGUGAAAUGUAUUGAAGUAAAUGGCACCCCCUGUAUAUUGGAACAGUAGCCAAAGGUAACUGCUUUCAAGUAUUACCAUCCAAAACAACUAGAAUUUUCUCAAAACAUGGCACGUGAUGCAUUCUGACUGAACAACAGGAAGUGAAAUCAGCAUUUCCAGGACACUUGUCCUUAUGUUAACCACUGACUGAUUUCAUGAGUUUAAGGGAGACUUGCACAUCAACAGUUAACAAGACACUAUAGAAACAGUAAUAAAACAUACUUAAAAAGACCCACAACUUGACUGUUUAGUAUUUAACAAUUGAAAAACAGAGAUUGCUUUAUUUAUUUCACAAAAGCAGAAAUGCCAUGGCUGAACAUGGUUAUUAUACUAAGAAUGACCAAGAAUCCUGCUUUAAACAUCAUUACUUCAAACAUGGAGCAUGCUGCCUGACAGCAAAGUCAAAGUCAUUUACCUGAACACGAGUCAUUCAAAAUAUUUACCUUCCAGAUUUACCCAAUUGUUUUUGGGUUUUUUUUUCCAGUAAAUGUCACUUCAGACCAACAUGGCAUAACAUUGAGUAAGGUUUGGUGUCAGUAUUAUUAGUGUGAUUACUGCUAUCUAUACAUUUUGAGCACUGAAAACCUUUAACCCACUUUACACCAUUACUCAUUUAUCAUUAAGAAUCUUACUAAUAGUUGAGCUGUGAUAGUAAAAAGUUCAUGUUAAUUACAUGCAUGGUUUUAUCAGUGUGUGAAAACACCUGCAAUAAAGCAUUCUUGAUGUACUGUUUACUUUUAUUAAAACAUGGAAACUAAA